UUAUUAUUCUCCAUACAUUCUUUUAUGUUUUAGCGUGUUAAACGCGAUUUACUAUUUUUAGAAGCUGCGAAUACUCGUUCUUUUUGCUCUUUUUGUACAUAUUAGAUGUAGCCUCGGGGCUUCACAUCCUUUCUCUUUAGUAUGUCCAGUUCUAAAGCGACGACUGAGGAACAUCUUCCCUCAUGGCAUGCGAUCUUGGACCCGAGUACCGAUUUUAUAUUCUACGCCUGUCCGGAAACGGGCGCAUGUUCUUGGCUGCCCCCGAAGAAUUGUAACAUCGUUCAGGCGCAGAUAGAAUGGUGGGAGAUGUACGAUUCCAAGGCGCAGAGGCCGUAUUAUUACAACCAUUUGACGAAGCAGACGGUGUGGGAGCUCCCGGCUGGCCUGAAGGUGCACCCGAUUCCGGUGAGCUCGGAAGAUGAUCGGAAUUUGCGACAGGCGCUGGAGCUGUCGGUGUAUUCAUCGAGCAAGCGUCGAGACGCGGAGUAUAAGGUGAGCUGCCCCAGGGCGGCCGCGCCGACUACUGUGCCGGAGUCGUCUUAUGGGGAGGCCGGAGAGUCGGAGGCGGCGCAGGGUUUGGCGGGGGUGUCGCAGAGCAACGAGUCGGCAGAGCAGGGGGUAGAGAGGGCGGCGACGCCCAGAGUGGCUGGGCCGUACGCGCAUCAAUUGCAGGGGAGGGAGGCGGUCAAGCGGGCGUCGGAGGAUGAGGAGGGCAGGUGGCCCCCGGCGAGCGAGUCGGCGAGCUUCGAGUCGUCUGUUGGCUCGAGCGCGAGCGAUUCGCAGAGGUCGGGGGAGGUUGAGAGCGUCGCGAGUGCGGCGGAGUCGGUUAGCUCGCUUAGGUUGCAGUAUGGAGGGGCUAGGGACGUCGGAGUCGGGGACAAGAGUGGCUUUCUAGACAUAUCGAGGCUUAGGGAGGACGCGAGCAAGAAGAGGCCGAUAGUGCCGUUGCCGUUGCUCAACAAGACGGGUGCUGAUGUGCAGGUGAUUUCCUGCAACAAGAUUACUCCUCCGCCGGUGCCUGGCGCGUCGCCGUCGUUGUCCACUCGGAGUUUGCAAUCGAUCAAGACUGGCAGGUAUUUGGUGCAGAAACCGGACAUGAUGCCGGAAGUCGUCGAAGCUAGGCGGCUCGAGGACGAGAUGGCUGCGUUGGCGGCCGCCUCGCCUCAGCGAAGCUGUUCGAACGAGGCCAAGCGCGACAGGUCGCAGUCUUUCGAGAAGUCUUUGCCGCUACCCAGGGGCAACUCGAGGCCGCCGACCGCGCGUCCGCCGCUGCCGGCGGCGCCGAAGCCCGCUUAUGUCUCCGGACGCCAGGACUCUCGGUCGUCGAUGCCCUCGCGUCCCGGCGCGUUGCUGGCGUCGAGCCGUCCCCUGGUGCGAGCCGAGACCGGGACGAGCGACAACCUCGUGAUCGGCUCGAUCAAAUCGAAUUCGUACGCGACGCUGAAUCUGCAAUCCUCGUCGUAUCUGAAGCCGAGCGGCGCCCGGUCGCCCACGAUGGGCACGUCCGACUUCGAGCACGUGUCGAUUCCCAGCCCGCAGGGUGUUGCGGAGAACGGCCAGCCAUUUCCUCCGCGCAUGAAGGCGCAGAUCAACUGCUUCCAACUGGAGGGUUUCGCCAACGAGUACUUCCGAUGCGUCAAGAAGGGGUUUCUGAAUCGCCACGUGAUUUCGAUGCGCGAUCGACUUCGCUGGACCAGCGAGCCCCUGAAGAAGCCGCUGAUGGUUCUCAACAAGGCGAUGUCGAAGAAGGGUCUGGCACUGUUCGCCAACAUCCAGAUAUACAUGAAGGACCGGCGCGCCAACAGCUCGCGCAAGGAACGCUUUGCAGCGCUCGAGCAAAUUUUGGAAACAGUUCUGAGCAAUCCGGAAUUGCACGACGAAGCCUACUGCCAGCUGUGCAAGCAAGUCACUCUGAAUCCGAAUCCGAAGAGCGUCCGGCGAGGAUUCAAGAUCCUGUGCCUCAUCGUUCAAUAUGUGGCCCCGAGCAAGCAGCUGGCUCCGAGAAUACUAGAGUUCAUCCAGGAGAAGUCGAAGUCUCAAGAGUGUCCCGAACACGUAGCGUACCUAUUGCGCAAGCUCCCCGAAAUCGAAGGCAGAGCUAAAAUGAGGCGCCUUCCCAAGUCCGAGGAAAUUUUAAUGUCUUUGCGCUCUCCCUUCAAUUUCCCCAUUUUCGGGUCGGACCUCAACGAGAUCAUGGUGUACCAAGCCAAACAGACGAUCCCGGAAAACGUGGACCCUUCUCUUCCCGCCGUUUUGACCGUGCUGCUAGACCUCUUCCUGAGACUCGACGGCCUGAGGACCGAGGGCGUGUUCCGGAUUUCCGGAUCCUACGACGCGUGCAACCUUCUGAGACUCCAAAUCGAGGCCGGAGACUACUCGGCUCAAAACAUCAGCGACCCCCACAUCCCCGCUUCUCUGUUGAAGCUCUGGUUCCGAGAGCUGAAGAACUCGGUCAUUCCCAGCGACCUCUACCCGGCGUGCAUUGAGGCCAGUCGGAACGAGAACGUCGGGGACAUACUGGCCACCGUCGACCUGCUUCCGACGCUGAACAGCAGGGUGCUCAAGUAUCUGAUGGUCGUUCUGAAGCAAAUCGCCGAUCCUGAGAAUUCCAAGUUGAACAAGAUGUCCGCAGAGACGCUAGCCAUUAUUUUCUGUCCUACUUUGAUGAGGUACAAUCAUUCAAACGUGGAAAACGUCCUGAUCUACCAGAAGUGGGAACAAGUGUAUAUAACCACCCUAAUCAAAAAUCUGACCUAGUACUUGACCAUUUGUUCUAGCAAGAGAGCGCACUAAAAGGCGGGGCACAAUGUCUCGA